AAUUUAUUUUCUGUUCUAAUUAAUACCAUUAAAUUAUAUGUUAAUUUUCUCCUUUAGAAAGGGAUUUCGAAUAUAAAGAAAGAAUUAUGUUCACUUUUUGUUAAUAGAUUUACAUAAAAUUUGUCUUUAGAUAGAUAGUCGUUUUCGAAUUGGCCUAUGGAUAUUAAAAAAAGUAAAACUUUAUCGAAAAGAGAAGCACUCAAUAUUGUUUUUUCAUUGUGAAAUAUUCCUUAAUUUAAAACACUCGUUUGUUAAUUCGAGAAUGAUCCCAAUAAAAAGUAGGUAAAUUGUAGCGUAUCAAAAAGGAUAUAAUUAGAAAUAAAGAAAAAAUAGAGAAAACAAGGGAAAUAUAGGUAAAGAGGUAAAAAUGAAUAAAAGAGAAAGAAGAAAAUAGGAUAGAGAGGAGUGAUCGGUCGGUCGGUCGAUUGGUCGGUCAGGCGGUCGACCAGUCGGUUGAUCGUCGAAAGCCGAAUGGUUAGGAGCGGUAAUUGCGAGGGGCGCACCCGCAUGCGCGGCAGUGUCACGCUUAGGGUGCUGCGGGCGCAAGUCUAUCAGAGAGCGGAGCAACAGAGUGCCGUUGUGUACACCCUCGCCCACGUACCACGACGCUCCUCGAGGAAGCGUCCACGUUUUUUUUCCUGUGAAAGCCGUCGGAAGGCUAACGCGAAGCGUCGCCGCCCGUGUUUUUCCGUCCUAACACGAACAAAAUAAUAGACACAGUGAAAGGAAAGAGAAAUUAUAUCGUACGAUGCGUCCAUCAUCCUGGCCGACUUACUUAUCGUGCCCGAUCGAGAAACACACGUAAGGUGGCUCGAGCUACUUUUUUUUAAAUGUGUCACCACGGACGAGCAUGAUUCUGGCUGGAUCAGACCAUUUCUUAGCGGUACCUGUGGAAGCGACUGCAUUUCUGGGUGCCGUUGCUGGUUUUAUCGUCCUAUUGCUGGCCAUCUUCCUCUACCUCUCUCGUAAGUGGUGCUUCACACCGCCCACCUCGGCUGCUCUCUUCGGUGGAGUUUGCGUUCCGCUUUGUGAGUCCAGCAAUAACUCUGCAUCUCAAAUAUCGAAGAAUAUAGGGAAGGCAUUUUCCUAUUCGGAUCCAGAAACAAGCUCUGAUUCGGAAGAAGACGCUCUUCGAAGAUUGAACUCGCAUCCUCACCCACCACCAGAUACGUUAACCAUACAAGCUGAGGAUGGGCCAGCGAUCGUUGACGCCGGAACUACUUCAAGUAGUUGUACUGAGGAACAUACACCGACAGCUCAGCAGCAACAGUGCGUAGUGGAGGUCGGCGCCUCCAGUAUCAUACUCGAUAGUAGAGAACAGGAGGCAGAGAUCGAACGGAAUGCACCAACGACGAAUGACGUUAUCACAAGGAUGGGAGCCGUGCCAGAGGAAAUUGGUAGCUUGGAAGUCGCUUUUCUUUAUGAUGCACCAAUGCGUGAGAUGACGGUACAAGUUUUGCAAGGACGAAACUACCCAGCCGGAAUCGGUGGCAGUCAAGUGCGUUUAGUAUUGUUACCAUCUAAGAAACAAAGACGUAAAACUCGCGUUCGACAGGGUAACUCGCCUCAAUAUAUGGAAAGCUUCCUUCUUCCUCGUGUUAAUCCGGAAGAUGUGAACGCUAUGGGAGUACGACUAAGAGUCUAUUUAUGGGGUGGAAGAAUGCGUAGAGAGAGAUUACUCGGAGAGGCCAGAGUCUCCUUCGAUCAAAUCAAUCUACAACUCGAAACCACUCUUUGGUUGACUUUGCAACCACCGCCAUCUUCGGUUCAGGAUUGGGGUACAAGCAGCAGUUUGACGCGUAGCGAUUCUACAGGUUCACAACAAUCCGUUCAAUCAUACGCAUCACCUACCAUACCGCCAUAUGGGAGUAGCAUGAAAGGUGGAAGCGUUGCAGAAAUAUUAAUAGGGCUAUCUUAUAAUGGUACGACCGGACGUUUAUCGGUCGAAAUUAUCAAGGGUUCUCAUUUCCGUGGUGGCGGUGGUAAUGAUACUAAACCACCAGAUACUUAUGUGAAAUUGGCUCUCGUCGAUAGUAACGGCCAUGAGAUGAGUCGAUCAAAGACGGGCUUGAAAAGAGCUCAACCGAAUCCACUUUAUAAAGAGACCUUUGUUUUCCAGGUCGCUCUUUUCCAAUUAGGUGAUGUGACGCUUUUCGUUUCGGUUUAUAAUCGGCGAAGAGGUGGUAUGGGCAAGAAAGGAAGAGAGAUGAUCGGUUGGCUCUGUCUAGGUUUGAACAGUUCUGGCUCGGAGGAAUUACAACAUUGGAAUGAUAUGCGUGUGGCCCGACAGCCCACCCAAGUUCAACGCUGGCACUCGCUUUUACGUCCUUGAAGCAAAAAGAGGAUUCACACGACGAAUGAUACAAAGAUUUUUCUCGAUUUUAGGCAUUUUUUUCAAGCAGCAUCGUCGGACGAAACAAGUCCAACGUGCACUGCCCGACUGGAAAAUGAAAACGAAGAAAAGAACAUACAUACACGCGCAAAUCAAUAAGUGUUUCAUCUGUCGAUAGUCGAUACUGCGUUACGAUCAGAGCUGCUUGCUAUCGUAAUAAUAAGCGCUAAAAAAACUCUGAGUUGUAAACUCUAUACUCGAUGUACUAAGUACAUACACAUAUACAUUUCCCUUUUUGAUACGGCGGAGGGAGUCGAGAGUGUUUUCGAUAUAUUUCAUUCAUCACGGUGGCACCAUCGACUUUGUCGAGGUCACAAGUUUGUGGCACGAGAACUCUCCGAUUCGGACAUAUGUGCCUGAGCCAAAACCUUGAUCGUUUAUCUUUUACUUUGUGCCUUUCACCCUUUUUAGGAAAAGUCGUGGUCCCACCUGUGACACCUGAUAAGUAGGGGAAACGCGUAAGGAAAGGAAAGAAUGAACGCGCGUGUGUAUGCCUGUAAGUGUGUGUGUGUGUGUAUGUAUGCUUCUUUGUGCAAUGAGAGUGCAAAAAGUGAGAGAGAGAGAGAGAGAGAGAGAGAGAGAGAGAGAGAGAGAGAGAGAGAGAGAGAGAGAGAGAGAGAAAAAGAAAGAGAGUCAGAGAGAAAGAGAGGGAGAGAGAGAAGGAAAACGAAUCAAAAAUGAUUCGAGCUAACAAGUGUGCCGAGUUUUAUCUUUGCUCCGCGGUACUUUUUCAAUAUAUAUUCUAGAAUGCAGUGACUCCUUCAUACAAAUUAGUACGACGAAUUUUGGUGUCUUGUGAUGGUUCGAGAAUGGAUUGACGUUGUGCGAUGCUGAAUGAGAAAGAUACGACGAGGACACGUUUACAAUUCAAUGACGCACAAUAAAUCGCAAAACGCACCCCGUUGAUGCAGAUGUGAUGAUGAUCGUAGAUUAUCGAUCUUAUUAUUGACAUAGAAAUUUAUGCGAUUGUAAUUCAUAAGUACGAAUAGAUCUAGUUACAUUACUAUCUACGCGUUUAAUAAUAGACGGAAUUGGAUGGCGAAAAAAAAAUGGGCGAGAGACUGAUCAAUGGAUAAGCUACGAAUCAUUUAGAGCUUGAUUUUUCAAGCCUUACAAGUGUUAUAGUCUUUUAGCUAUAAAAGAAAAAAUUAAUCCAUGCUCGAACUGUUCUGUCGUUUACGUAUUAGACACGAAGCGAUUAUACAAGGGCUCAGAAGUUGACUCGUUGGAUAAAUAUAAAUACACGCUAUAUUACAGCUUCGAUUUUCUUUAGCACUUCUGGUUCUAGUACACUUAAAAAUCGAUAAUAGUGGCUCUCUAUAAUUCAGCUCUCAAAGAAGAAAUUACGAAAAUAAGUUAGAAGAUUUUUAUAAUUGGAUCGAGAAAAACGCGUCUACUUUAGAAAAAUCGUAGGAUAAUAUGAUAUACUUUAGUACUUUUAGUGCCAUUGACUUCUGAGUCCUAACAGCAACAUGAUUGUACAUAACUUACUAUGUUACAGUCUGUUUAUAAAUGACACGAUAUUGAAUGGAAGUUUUUAAGUUGUGCUUACACAUAUACAGACAAUGAUACAUUCUUCAGAAUUUUCUCUCUCAAAAACAAAUUCUUUAUUUGUGUGUAAUUCAACUCGAAAUGAAGUAAUCGUAAUAAGUCGUCAAGAUAUCUUAUGAAUCUCUCAUUGCAGGAGCACUAUUUCGUGAUUACAUUGCCUUAUAUAUCACUUCGUCAUGUUACUCUAAAGAAUUCAAAGAAUUCGUUGUACUCGGAUUUCUACGCCCAAUGAACGCUAUAAGAAAAGUCACGAGAUAACAAACGAAAUAAUUUUAAAAAUCGUUUGUUACAGGGAGAUAUGCCAAAUUAAAAAAAAAAUUUUUAAUGCUAGUAUGAGAUCAAGAUGGUGCGUACUACUGUAUCAUCUUAUUCGCGAUUUCUUUCAAAAACUGUUAUAAGUGAAGAUCGCGAACGUUAUAAACAGACUAUCUCAUCGGAUUUUUAUUUAUAUUUUAUCUACAGCACCCUUUUCUCGAUAAGUAACGAUUAAAGUUUAAACGUCUACUGCACAAAAUAAUUACCUUGAUCAAUGUUAUUACAUACUUACAAAUAAAUAACUAUAUUUAUCGCGUUUUAUAAAAAUGUACUCUGAUACAAUUAAAUAAAUUUAUGAAUAGUUGUUAUUAA